GCAAAGCGAAGCAAUGACAGGAAAAGAAAAGAAAUAGGUAAAGUUAGCUGUACUGUAAUGUAAGCGGCGCACAUGGCUGUUUGUAUUUGCAACGGGAUGAAAUUGUGAGAUAAGCACAAGGCCGAUCAAGGUAGUCAAUCCAAUCAAUUUCCAUCGUAUAAUCCAAUCAAGGACCCUCUGUCCAGCCUCGCCGACGGACGUGAGGGAUCUUUGUCGCGGGCUUUGUUUGCCCUGCCCCUCUCUGUCUUCUCUGCUUCUCUGCUUCUCUCCUCGUAGCCCCUCCACAAGCGCUCCGUCAGUGCCCUGCCUGCCUGCCCUGCCAUGGGCCGUCCAGUGGUCCUUGCCCCGUCUGGGUCAAGCCUAGCCUGCCUCAACGAAUGAACACCCCACCACCACCCUACCCUACCGACCCUACCCAACUGCACCAGCCCACCAACCGAGACCAGAGGGCCAAACUCUUCAUCUCGCCGAAUCUUCCAGCAAAGAACUUUCUCUUCCUCAUAAACACUUUCUCCCAUACUAAAAACACCAUACACACAUCAUCAUGUAAGUACUCACUCCUAUCCGCCAUCGUCCAGCAUUCAUUGCUGCUCUCAAUCUGCCUAUCAACCCCUCCAAGAGCUGUUGAUUGAGCUCCCCCGCUGUCCUCUGCUAUCCCGCCAUCAAAACACACCGGUCAAACCACCUCUCUAAGAUCUAUCCUUCUCUGCAGAAUCAUGGCUCCCACUAAGGUUGGAAUUAACGGAUUCGGCCGUAUCGGUCGUAUCGUCUUCCGCAAUGCCAUCGAGCACGAUGAUAUCGACAUCGUCGCCGUCAAUGAUCCUUUCAUUGAACCCCACUACGCCGCCUACAUGCUCAAGUACGAUUCCACCCACGGACAAUUCAAGGGCACGAUCGAGGCUCUCGACGAUGGAUUGAAGGUCAAUGGCAAGACUGUCAAGUUCUACUCCAAGAAGGACCCCUCCGAGAUCCCAUGGAGUGAGACUGGUGCAUACUACAUUGUCGAGUCUACCGGUGUCUUCACCACCACCGAGAAGGCCAAGGCUCACUUGAAGGGCGGUGCUAAGAAGGUUGUCAUCUCUGCUCCUUCUGCCGAUGCCCCCAUGUACGUUAUGGGUGUCAAUGAGAAGUCUUACAAGUCCGAUGUUGAGGUCAUCUCCAACGCAUCCUGCACAACCAACUGCCUGGCUCCUCUCGCCAAGGUCAUCAACGAUGAGUUCGGUAUCGUCGAGGGUCUCAUGACCACCGUCCACUCCUACACCGCCACCCAGAAGACCGUCGACGGCCCAUCUGCUAAGGAUUGGCGUGGAGGCCGUACCGCUGCUCAGAACAUCAUCCCUAGCAGCACUGGUGCCGCCAAGGCUGUCGGAAAGGUCAUUCCAGAGCUCAACGGCAAGCUCACUGGAAUGUCCCUCCGUGUCCCAACAUCCAACGUUUCCGUCGUUGACUUGACCUGCCGUCUUGAGAAGGGUGCUUCUUACGAUGAGAUCAAGGCUGUCAUCAAGAAGGCUGCUGAGGGUCCUCUCAAGGGCAUUCUCGGAUACACUGAGGAUGAGAUUGUUUCGACCGAUUUGAACGGAGAUACGCGCUCAUCGAUUUUCGAUGCCAAGGCGGGUAUAUCCCUCAAUGCGAACUUCGUAAAAUUGGUGAGCUGGUAUGAUAAUGAAUUUGGAUACUCCCGCCGUGUUCUCGACCUCCUCAGCUACAUCGCGAAGGUUGAUGCAGGAAAGUAGGAGACUCACAUUAUUCUUCUCAUACUCUACAUGUCCUACGCCCCGAGAGUUGAAUGAUGGUUUCUGAUGAUUGUUUUUUUCUUUGCCAGCAGAGAUGUAUUGAAAGGCAGGCUUUGAGGGAAGGGGAGGGGGGAAUGGGAAGCAAUCAGAAAAACUGAAUUAUUAUGAAUGAAAGAAACGAUGAUGCCUGAAUUGUAAUUCCUUUUGACUUGGUGACCUUGAUUUAUUAAUUAAUGAAAUGGAGGUUGUUGGACCGGC